CAGAGACGGGCGUCGGUCCAGAGCCCGCCCGGGUCGUCGUCGGGGUUCUGGCGAGGAUACAAGGGGCUGAGGCUGGGUCUCAGAGGAUGGUGUGUACAUUCCAGUGGCUGGAGUGGAGACGGACCAUAGCUCAUCUGUCCUGCCUUCUGUGAAGGUGCAGCCAUGUCUGUGAUGAUAGCAAGAAAGAAGGUGACGCGGAAAUGGGAGAAGCUGCCAGGAAGGAAUACAUUCUGUUGCGAUGGGCGCGUCAUGAUGGCCCGACAGAAGGGUAUCUUCUACCUGACUUUGUUCCUCAUUGUGGGAACUUGUACCCUUUUCUUUGCAUUUGAAUGUCGCUAUCUUGCCGUCCAGCUCUCCCCAGCCAUCCCUGUCUUUGGUGUGGUCCUCUUCCUCUUUGCAAUGGCCACACUUUUACGGACAAGCUUCAGCGAUCCUGGGGUCAUUCCACGAGCCCUGCCCGAAGAGGCAGCUUUCAUUGAGCUGGAGAUCGAGGCAACCAAUGGAACCGUGCCACCGGGCCAGCGGCCACCGCCACGCAUUAAGAACUUCCAAAUCAAUAACCAGAUAGUGAAGCUGAAGUACUGCUACACAUGCAAGAUCUUCCGUCCACCCCGUGCCUCGCACUGCAGCAUUUGUGAUAACUGUGUGGAACGAUUUGAUCACCAUUGUCCCUGGGUGGGGAACUGUGUUGGGAAGAGGAACUACCGUUACUUCUACCUCUUCAUCCUCUCCUUGUCUCUUCUCACCAUCUACAUCUUCUCCUUCAACAUUGUCUAUGUGGCCCUGAAAUCUCUGCAGAUUGGCUUCUUGAAUACUCUGAAAGAAACCCCAGGGACAGUCCUGGAGGUUCUGAUCUGCUUCUUUACUCUGUGGUCUGUGGUGGGCUUAACUGGCUUCCACACUUUCCUGGUAGCCCUGAACCAGACAACUAACGAAGACAUCAAGGGUUCCUGGACUGGGAAGAACCGUGUGCAGAAUCCCUAUAGCCAUGGCAACAUCGUGAAAAACUGCUGUGAAGUUCUGUGUGGACCCCUGCCUCCCAGUGUACUGGAUAGACGGGGUAUCUUGCCGCAAGAGAAUCCAGCCCACGAGGGCAGCAAUGGGCUGGAGCUGAGAACGCAGGUGGAGAGGAGCACAGAGGAGCCCAGUGCCCCGGAAGCUGCUGAUGCCCCUGCAGAGGGCCAGACCCUCACGGAGGAGAGUUCACUCCCUGUGCCAACGUGCAAAGUGCCACAAGAAAUGGUGCAGCAACCUGCUGCUGUGGAGCAAUCUGUUCCGUCCGUGGAUCGUGGUCAGCCAACACAUUAGCCACUGGAGUGGACAUGAACACUGCUUUUGUUUUGGCGUACUCUGUGUGGAGUUGCAGGGGGGACAGGGACGGGGACAGCUGGGCAGACGGUGGCCUUCCUGUUCCCCCCCCAGCUGUUUGUUCAUCAGUGGUGAUAACCAGUGUCUACCGACUGACAUGGAAGUAUGCCUGCGCUCCCUUCCUGAUGGAUGCUGAGCACCCAUAGUGCUGCUGAGAGCCUCUCCCCCCUCAGGAGGCCAUGGCUGCUGGCUGGGGCAGGGUCCUCUUCCCCCGUCUUCAGUCUCUGACACUAAGUGGAGUGCCUCUCCGGCCCUGGCCUUGACACUGCUGAAGCGUGGAGCCUGCUGGGAAGGAGACACUACUGGCCGGCAGCAUUCCGUCCUGUCUUGUGGUUGCAAUAUUGCCCGUUGUUUGAGUUGGGAGGACCUUGCCAGUGGAGCCAGGUUGCUGGUGGGACGCACGGCCAACCAGCUGCCAAAGCAGGACCCUUCCUAAAUGUUCCCUAAUUACCAGUGCCAUACAGGAGCUUGGCUGGCACCCCCAGUGGCCCUUUGUCACAGCAUCGUCAGAAGGUGGAAUCCAGAGUCCUUUGUGGUCUCGGCCCCCUCCGUCAAUUAUGUCGGGAAUCUCUGGUGCGGUCUGUAUGUCUCUUUGUCUCCGUCACUCUCUGCUCUCCACCCACUUCUCUCUUUUUCCUGUAUUAGUGCUUGAAUUGGCUCUCAGUUCAGCCAUGGCUGCUGAAAAGAUAGGUGGGCCCUGGGAUCCCAAAGUUGCAAGAGAGCCAAGAGGUGUUUAAGAAAAAGAAAAAAAGACCAGGUGCCAUUACUGUGCAGAAGUGUAGGAGAUGCGGGCUCUGUUCCAAGGCCUAUAAAUCUCAGCACUCUGCAUUCAGUGCAAAGUGAUACUCUAGAUAUUGCUUGGCUCUGCGGUAACUGUUCUUUCCAUGCCAUCUUGUCUCCUCCAACCCACUCUUUGUAUAUAUGAUGCAGGGGGCUGGCUCAAACUAGGGCUGCCUGGGGAGUCUCCUUGCUCCAGGCGGAUGUGUCAGAUGCCACAAAUAAGUGGCUAAUGGGGUUUCCUUCUGUGCCGUUUCAGUUUGUCUCCAUGCUCUUGGAGAUGAACUGCAUAGUGAAACUGCAUGGGGCUGUGUUUCCUGGACUGAGCUAUACAGACUCUUGGUGAGGAGUUAUUUUUUUGUGUGCUCCCACACAAAAGCAGCCCUGGACUCACAAUAACUUUAUCAUGCAGUUGAGACUCCAGUUCACUGACAUGCUACUUUUCCGUGGCAGGGAGACAUUUUUUGUGUAGGACUAUUCAAAAAAAGUACUUCCCGCCCCACCCCCAGCCGCUCUCUGAAAGGCAGAGUUCAAAAAACCCCUUUUAAUUCUGUAUGUGUGGUUCCACCAUCACCAAGCCAAACGGCUGUUCCAUUUUCCCUGGGGGGUAUAGAUGAUUGCCCCUCUUCUCUCCUGGCAGAGGGUUCUGCCUUCUCAGAGGCAGACCCUCAGUGAAAGAAAGGGGACUGGAAAUAGCUACGUUUCCUUCCCAGGGCCCUGAACCUAAACCUGAAUCGAGCCACUGAAGUCUGAUUUCUUACUCGUCUCAGGGCAGUGAGAAUUCCAGCUCCACUUGGGCCAGGGGACACUCCCCCCCCCCACACACACACACAGUAUUCCUCUGCCUUCGUUCUCUUUGCGAGGAAGGAUCAGAGAGUGUUUCGGCCACGUCCCCAGCUACUGACGUGGGGCUGCUGGGCUAACACAGAGUGGGGUCUGUGUGACAUCAUCUUGCCUGCCGCCCCUGCUGCAAGCUAAGAGCAGGCCGGUGCGCAUCCAGCCGUGUCCCUCUGCCUUUGUGUUGCCCUCCUUCCCGAGUCCAGGGCAGAGACUUCCGCCAAUCACCCGUGUUAUCGACCAAAUCUCACCAGUGUUGCGACAGUCUUGUUUGGGGUACAUUUUUUUUA